AUGAGCUCCAACACCCCAGCAUCUGUGUCGGUUCGAAUAGUCCGAGUAUCGAAAACUAGCCCGACCGACGACGAAGACCUCAACAGGCUGAUAAGCCUCUGCACCGCGACUUCACGCUCCAACGCUUUCAUUUGCUGCCUGCUUCGGCAGCCCCACAGCGACACGUCCUACAAGCAGUAUGCACACUUCCACUAUCUGUCCGUGCUCGAGGACAACAAUUCUCGCGUUUUUAUCGCCCAUGGUACGGCAUCGCAUAAUUUGGGGACCGACCUGGGGAGUGUAUGGAUAAUGAAUUGCAAGAUUAAUGCUCCCCCGCCUGCACAUAAACUGCCGGAUUUCAUCAAGGAAGGCUGUGUACAGAUAGUUGUGGGUAACAUGGACAAGCAGCGUAGGGCGGCGAUGAAGAGAGAUUGUUUUGGUAUGUUUAUCGCUACGGCAUGA